AUGCCAUGCUGCUACCCGGAGAUCCAACACAAGCCAGGUCCCAAACUGGGCUCGCACUCGUCCAAGCACCGAAAGCGGGCUUGCUGGCAAUUGGGAGACCAUUCACCAGAUAGUCAGGAGGACAUCCGGGAGGCAGAAGAUAGCAACAGCGUCAAGAGAAAGAAAGAACGUCAGAGACGGAACUUAUCCGUAUGUCGCGAUAGCACCAGCACGACCUCGGAUGCGUCGAGCCCUGAGUCGACGACGGCGCAAUCCUGGGUAUUUCACCAUUUCCACGAGGAUCAAUCAUACAGCAUUUCGCCACUGACCACCUCUGACAAUGCGAUACCCAGCGAAAGUCUAUCGUUGUACGCAUGGCCUGCGCAAGACAACACCAGCUACGUCUGCCGAAUUCUCUGCAUUUCAAAGGACAUGCUCUUUAAACUAACGAGGACAUACUUUGAAAAAGUAACCUUUCUAUCUCUCUUUCAUCGACCAACAUUCGACUCCAUGGUAUAUAACCAGAUACAGCAGGGCCCAUCCUCGGCUCUCCUUGCUGCAGUAUGCGCUAUAGCUACACAUUAUGUGGAAGAAAAGCCCGGACUACGACUCUCUCUCAACUCGCGAUAUCCUGACAACUCACACGCACCCAAUCAUUUCUACAAGCUGGCUUGCACAAUAACAAAGGAGCAGCUGGAUCAAUGUGGUGACGGCAAGCCUCCCCUCGCACUUCUUCAAGCGCUCGUUCUUAUCACGUUUUAUGAGAUGAUCGUUAGUGCCCGAGGAAGAGCAUGGAGAUCCCUCGGUACCUGCGUCCGCGUUGCACACGAGCUCGAUCUGCAUUUGACAGAUUCACUACUUCAAGGACAAUCAAAACCGGAGGAGAACGCCUGGACCGAGCCGUGGUCGCGCAAGGAGGAACAACGAAGAGCCUGGUGGCUUCUUUGGGAGAUGGACGUCUUUGCUUCGACUGUUCGUAGACGUCCAGCGUCCAUACACGAUGGAGAAUAUGCGGUACUCCUCCCAGUGAAUGAAAAGUCGUGGUAUGAAGGACACUACCAGCCAAGCUGCUUCUUGGACCCUGAUCCUCUUCAUCGAACUCGAAAGUUACUCGAAAGUGGAAACACCAAUGGCAAGGCUUGGUAUAUUGUGAUCAACUCACUGCUUCGCGAUGCGCAUACAACUGCCAAUCCAACCUCCCAUUGCGUCCGCGAACUUCCCAGACUGGAUGUUUCACCUUUGCUGGAUUCAGGCUGUGGCAAUCCCGUGGACGAACGGAAACUCGCGGUUCUAGACGAUUUUAUUUUGUACUUCAAAACCAUGCUGCCGAAGGAGCUCUCAUAUCAGGGCAACUACUUGUCAUUUUGCCUCUCUGGCGAUUCAUACGGCCAACCGACGGUGAUCGAAGACUGCGACAAGCAACUGAUUCACGCCAUGAUUCAUCUGGGUAGACUCAUGAUUUUACAUCACUACUGCAUCCGAAACACCGGUUCUUCGGUCCUCAAAGGCAAGAAACUGUUGGCGUAUCUGUCACUCAGUGGUCCUUCGGUGACGCAGAAACUCCGAGCGAUACUGGGCUUCACGGAAGAUCAAACAGCCUGGGGAAAAUAUCUCGAGGCUGCCGAGGAGAUCAUACGCGUCGUCCGAAAAGCUUCACCCAACCACAUCGGAUACAGCCAUCCCCUUCUUGCAUCUACGUUCUGGAUCGCAGCAGCCACCCAGUUAUUCAAGAAGGCGUUCGCGGAAGAUGAGGCGGAACGAGAUCUAGCUCAGUCCAACUUCGACCUCCUGAGGCUCACUCUGGACCAUAGCCACAAGUUCUGGACGACGUCCGAGUUGAUGGUAAAAAAUAUAGACACCCUGGCUUCGCGGCUGGGCGAGCUUCGAGCGAGAUUGGUUGAAUCUCAAGGCGAUGGAGCAGAUGCGCUUGGCGGUCUUGACGGGGAUGAUGUUUGCAGUCUCGACGCAAGUCCGUUCGAUGACCUGAAUGGUGUUGAACAAGAGAGGCCUAGACGACGUGACGGUGCUUCUGCGACCACCACGACUGGUCUUGGGAACGUGUCUAUGCUAGAUGGCAUUGACUACACCGAAACAUGCACAAGCCAAAUACCUGACGCAACCACAGUUUCGGACGACAAGCCUAGCGAGAUUGAAUUACAAGCUUUCAUGUAUGAUUUCUGCGGCGACAACUGGGACCUUUGGGGUCAAGAUCUAGCCGACUUGUUUCCCGGAUGCUCUCAGACAUGA